CACAUUUGAAUUCUCCUCGACCUCGGGGAUUGUUACGGGAAGAUGAGCGUGAAGAAGAAGAAGGCCGGGCUGGUCAUGAGCUGGCAGAAGUCGUUCUCCAUCCUGGCUCCGUGGAGGAAAGGGAAAGGAGACAGAGAUGCGGUCCUGGACAGUGAGGUUGUUCUGACCAAAAUGAAGCUCUUCAGUAACUUCCACGAGAAGCUCCUGACGGCCGACGACUCGGCCUCCACCAUCUCAACGGUCUCGGUUUCAGAGCAGGACAUCUCGGAUCCCACCAAAGCUUCUGAAGGGAAUUCCCAUCUUGAUGACAAGUCCGGGCAGCUUCAGAUGGAGUCUGGCUCAGACUACCUGUCUGUCAUUUUCUCCGACUCUCAGCUCACGAGGUUGUACAAGUUUGAGUCGGAGGACUCUGGAGUGGAGCUGCCCAGUGGCGCUAACUCUCCGUCCACCCAGACAGGCUCUGAGCAGAGCUUCAUGCUCCACAGUCGGGAGUCCUCCUGCAACUCCUGCAACCUGAACUCGGACCCUUCCACUGUGCCUGAUGAACAAGUCACAUAUGCACAGAGCUCUGAGAUCAAACAGGCACAGGACUCAGUGGGUGAUAGUCAGAGUACAGCAGUGGAUACUCUGGAUAAUGUCUUCAUACACUCAGAGGAACUUAGUUCAGCUGUGGGUGUGGAACUGUACAUAGGUGAGGAUGUGGAUGGGGACCAGUGCCGGGCUACAGGAGUCAGCCCUGAUGGAGAUGAGGACAUGAUGUCUGGACAGCUGGAGGUAAACUGUGCUGUGAUUGAAAGGACCUGCUUAGAAGGAGGUUGCGAUGACAUGACGGCCACUGACUUUGAGCCAGAGCCGAUAAGGAGGAGUGACACCAGUGACAGCCUGGAGGAGUACAUGGACGAAUGCUGCAGGCUGAGUGAGGCUCAGCAGGCGAGUUCCAACCCUCUGGGUUCAGGCCUGGGUUAUCUGGAUCACAUCUGCCAACUCAUCGAGAAGAUUGGCCAGCUGCAGGAAACCAACCUCCAGCUGCAGAGGCAGAUCUGCAGCUUGCAAAAGGACGACAGGAUGACAACGACCAAAGAGGACUUUUUCCAGCAUCACUGCAGCUGUGGUGCAGCCAGCAUGGCUUUCCAGGACAUUCAGAAGAGACAGUCCAGAAGUGAGUGUCUGUCACCCAGUGGAACCCUCUCGGACCUCUCCACCAUCCACGAGGUCACCCGGCUUCCACUAGUACCGACCAGAGGAGACGCGAGUAGUGCGGGUUGGACACCCGUCCCCCUGUGGAGGAGAGGCUUGUACCGAAGGAGUUACACUGAGGGGGAGGUCCCCUUCCUCGGGGACAGCACCGAACAUCUCUCCAUUCCCCAGCGCAGGCUGAGUGAAAACUACACAUGGGGCCGAGUCAAAGACCUGGUGAGGAAAACUAAGAUGAGGAACCAAAGCAGGCUGGGGCUGACUUCCCACUCACUGAAGAUGUCCUGCCCACAACUCUACAUGCCUGAUCUGGAACCCGUGGAACCUGCUUGCAGAAACCGGAACUCCAUGAUAGCCUUGGGCCACCAGAGCAAACUGGACUUCCCUUGGCUACAAUAAAUCAUUCAGGAAGACGAUGAGUGCCGUCUCCAAAGGUCUAGCAUCAGGUCUGGGAGAAUACCCAGCAUGCAUAAUCAACAAAUCCUCACGUUUCUAUUCCGGCAAAAGCUGUUAAACCGGGAAAAUAUAGGGAACGGGGUCCAGGCGAAGCAAAGAGUAUCGAAGCAAAGAGUAUCGAAGCAAAGAGUAUCGAAGCAAAGAGUAUCGAAGCAAAGAGACGCAACUCGGGUGCUUUUGAGUAAAUCUCCACCACAGGGCGCUGCUGUAGCACUGCUGCCAUGUUGAACUGGAACCCCAAUGAGUCUGUGACCAUGGAGGUAUUCAGAUACAUGUGUACAUCACAGGAUGAUGUCUUCCCAGUACAAACACUGAAAAAGCCCUCAUUUAAAUGUUGACGUCCUCAAAGUUCCAGAGUUAUCUUCCUUGGCAUAAUGAGUGUUUUUGUGAAACUCAUUAAUUGUGUGUUGCAGUGUACAUGAAAGGCAUAAGUGAUGCUGCCAUGAAUAAGACCAUAAGUCCACUACAUGUAUGGAAUGAUCUACACUGUGACACAAUUGACCUGCAUUAUACAUUCUCGGCUGAUACUCUUUACACUUCUAUCGGUUUAAAUUAGGAUGCUGCAAAAUCUGUAACAAUACAACUAAUGUGAAACAUGUCAUAAAUGUUUUAAAUGUGUUAUUGACAAAUUACUGAUUUGCAUAACCAGAGUGCAUGCAGAGAUAAUGUGUAUGAGGAGCGCAGGAGAAAUACACUUUAACAUCUUCAGCCCAUAACUCUGAUGACCGGAUGUUAUGGAGAAACAAGUAUAAGUAUAAGUGGUUUAUUCAAUGCACAGCUUGUGUUUGACACAUUAAGCGCUGUGGUACAUACUGAAACUCUGUCAUCUCCCAGACAAGAUACAGGAUUCAUAAGUCAUAGUAAAGGAAAAGGGUGAGGACUAGUAAUAAUUUCAUACGACGCUGUAAAGGCCACGUUCUGUCCCCGAUGGCUGAAUCCCAGAAGCAGUACAGAACAAAUAACCAAACGCAUGCUAUUCCAAAGGUCAUGCUUCUCAUUAUGAAGAUCUGGAAUGUUUCAAUCGAGUUUUUUGGAAUCCAAGUCCAACAGGACUGCUUGCUUGAGCUGAAUGAGAUCAGACGUUUUUUUAGGCUUAUGAGUUGCAAAAUAGAUUCAAAUCAUGAAGAACAAUUGAACCCUUCAAUAUAUCUGUGUGGAAGAAAAGGUUUUUGAACCUAAAGAAUGUAAUGUAUAAUAAUAUGUUACUGUGUGGAACAGCAGCAGCUCACCUGAACUGUUGUAAUUUUAAUCUGAUUAAGGUGAGUUCAGACUGGACAGUUGGCCGGUGUACAGACGUUAGCUAGUGAGCAAUAUAGCAUCGAUUGUUCUCAAAACUUACGGAACUGGUUCUUCCUGCUGUUUUACUCCUGAUUGACUUUGUCAAUAACUAAAAUCAGGAUUGUUCAGAAUAAUAAGCUCAAAGGUGAAAUAUUUCAGAUCUUUGUCUCAGUUGUAACCAUAUGCAUAAACGUGUGUCUUUGCAUUGACUUGAUAUGCAGUCCAGUGUGAUUUAGAUUUAGUCUGAACACACCCUUAAACCACUUUGUACGUAUAUGUA